AUGGCGGCGGCGGAGGCGCGGGCCGAGGGUCCCCCGCUGCCCGGCCCGCGGGGCCGCCCGCGGCCCGUCUGCUCCCGGCCCUACUUCCUCGUCCUCAUGGUCUUCGCGCACCUCUACGUGCUCAACGUGCUGGGGCUGCUCUUCGUGCACCUCAGCGCCGGCGAGCCCGGCGGGCCGCCCGCCGCCCCCGCGCCGCCGCCGCCGCCGCCCCGCGCCCUCCCGCGCCUCGAGGGCAUCAAGGUGGGCCACACGCAGCGGGUGGAGCUGGUGCCCGGCAGGGCCCACAGUGUGCGCACCCUGAGCCUCAAGCCCGCUGUAUUUGAAAUUCCCGACUUCCUGACAGAGGAGGAGUGCAAGCUCAUCGUCCAUCUUGCAAAGCUGAAGGGGCUGCAGAAGAGCCAGAUCUUACCAACAGAUGACUAUGAGGAAGCCAUGGAAAUGAUUGAAAUCAGCCAGAUGGACAUUUUCAAUCUCCUGGACCAUAAUCAGGAUGGGCAGCUGCAGCUCAAAGAGGUGUUGACCCACACUCGGCUUGGGAACGGCAGGUGGAUGACCCCUGAAAACAUCCGUGAGAUGUACACAGCAGUCAAGGCUGAUCCUGAUGGGAAUGGUGUGCUGAGUUUGGAGGAGUUCAAACAGUUGAAUAUCCGUGAUUUCCAUAAGUACAUGGGAAGCCAGAAGGUGAAGAUGAGUGACCUGGUGCGCAACAGCCAGCACACCUGGCUGUACCAGGGCGAGGGGGCACACCAGGUCAUGAGAGCCAUACGGCAAAGGGUGAUGCGCCUGACUCGCUUGCCCCCCGAGAUCGUGGAGCACAGCGAGCCCCUCCAGGUUGUGCGGUACGACCAGGGAGGGCACUACCAUGCCCACAUGGACAGUGGCCCCGUGUUCCCUGAGACUGCCUGCAGCCACACAAAGCUCGUCGCCAACGAGAGCGCUCCUUUUGAGACCUCCUGCCGGUAUGUGACUGUGCUGUUCUACCUGAACAAUGUGACUGGGGGAGGCGAGACAGUCUUUCCUAUUGCUGAUAACAGGACGUACGAAGAGAUGUCUUUGAUCCAGAACGAUGUUGACCUGCGAGAUACUCGGAAAAACUGCGACAAGGGCAAUUUGCGAGUGAAACCUCAGCAAGGCACUGCUGUCUUCUGGUACAACUACCUGUCCGACGGAGAAGGCUGGGUGGGGGAGCUGGAUGACUUCGCCCUGCACGGAGGCUGCCUGGUCACCCAAGGCACGAAGUGGAUUGCCAACAACUGCUGGGCCCCCCGCCCCGGGCUGCCCUCCGCCACCGCUGCCACCCUCCUGGCCUCCGGUCCCGAAGGGGAGAUGCUCUGGCUGGACGUCGCACACCGCCCCGGGCAGGCACCCUGCGUGCGGCUUAUGGGACGGUACCUGCUGCCCCCCUGCAAGCAGCGCUGGCACACCUGCGCUGCCUUCCUGCCCCAGGGAGAGCUCCUGGUCUGCGGCGACCGCCGGGGCUCCCUCCUCCUCUUCCCUUGCAGCAGCUCCUUGAGGCGGGCUGCAGAAAGCCCCGGCAUUGCCAAUGGUGUCGCUGACUCGGUCGGUGAGGACUCUAGCAGCGAGUUGGAGCUGUCUUGCUUGUCACACAAAGGGGUCCUUCCCCUUGAGUCCCCGUUGUCCGUGCUCUUUGGGCUCCACGGGAAGACAGGGGUUACCUCGGUGACCUGCCACAAGGGCUACAUUUACAGCACUGGCCGUGACGGUGUCUACCGCCAGCUCCACCUGCGGGACCAGCAGCUGGAGGUUCUGCGGAAGCACAGGCCCUGCAAAGGGCUGCAGUGGAUCGAGGAGCUGCGCUUCACCCCAGACGGGGACCUGCUCGUGCUGGGCUUUCACGCUGACAACUUUGUGGUGUGGAGCAGCAGGACUAGUGAGAACCUCCACUGCAUCCCCUGUGGGGGUGGGCACCGCUCCUGGAGCUACUGCAGCAGCCCCUGGGCUGAGGUCUUUGCCUUCAUCAAGUCUGGGGAUGUGAUGCUGUACUGCUGUGAGGCCGAGCCCUGCGAGCAGCAGGUGCUGCUGGCAUCCCUGCACGGGCGGGAGAUCACCUGUGUACGGCGUCUGGGGGCCAUGGAGGUGCCUGGCCAUGCCGCCCUUAACGUGCUGGUCACCGGCAGCGAGGACACCACGGCCUGUGUCCUGGCACUCAGUGAGCGCUCUCGGGCAGCCGUGCCCCUCGCUCGCCUCAGUGACCACAUUUCCAGUGUGAGGACGCUGGCACUGGCCGGCCCCACGGGACCUGGAGACAAGGGCUUUGGUGAGGAGGGCUUGUCUGCCCUGCUCUUCUCUGCGGGUGGCCGGGCACAGAUCGAGUGCUACUGGCUGCUGUGUGCUGGGGACCCAGAGAGUGCUGUGGAGAGCCUGGAGAGUGCUGUGGCCUGCCAGGUCAUCCAUGUGGCCUCCCACCGGCUGGACGAGCACUGGGAGCGGAAGAAGAACAGGCACAAGCUCGUCAAGAUGGACCCGGAGACGAGGUACAUGUGCCUCUCUGUUGUACCUGGCACCAACAACAAGCAGCUGCUGACAUCCUGGAAGUUCCUGGCUGCUGCCUGCAGCGAUGGAUCAGUCCGGGUCUUCGGGCUGCUGGAGGCUGCUCGGAAUUUGGUGCUGGUGGCAGAGUCAUUUCACCACCAGCGCUGUGUGCUGAAGGUGGAGGCGUUCCUGCACACAGGGACAGGAGGGGAGAGGAGGCACCUCCUGUGCAGUGCAGCCACUGACGGCAGCAUCGCCUUCUGGGACAUCACCAGCCCCAUCACGGACGCAGCAGCUGCCCUGCACCGAGCGGAGGGGGAGAUGCAGCCCCUGGCCCUGGGUGUCCCACUGCUCACCGUCAUGGCCCACAGCUGCGGUGUGAACAGCCUCCACGUCAGCAAGGUGACAGAGGGACAGUACUUGGUGGCCAGUGGCAGUGAUGAUGGCUCCAUCCACAUCUGCCUGCUGGAAGUGGCCUUGGGCAGGGGCGAGGCCGCAGCAGGGACCUGCCUGCAGAUCCUGGAGAUGCUGUGCGGCACAGCCCCCUCUGAGCCCUUGCCACUAGAGGCUCCCCAGGAAUGGGACAGGUGUGCAACACAUCCCAGUCCCUGCCUGUCUUGGGAGGGUGCUCUGCCCAUCACUGUAGUCCCUGCCCCCAGCCUGCACACUGAUGUGUCCCCUCCUGAGGGGAUGGGCAUGCUUGGCUCCUUCAGGGGCAGCACAGCUGCAUAUGGGGUGCUCAAGGCCAGUGGUCUCAGGGGUGAAGGCAGAUGUGACCCCUCCGGGAGGGGCCUGUGACUCCCCAGGCAAUAAAGAACUGGGGUUGUCAGCUCCCUCUGCCCGGGAGAACCUCCUCCCCAAGGUGUGAGGGACCCAUGUCCAGGCUUUCCAGCCCUGGUCUCAGAGAGGAACCUGCUGAGGAGGGUGCUUAGGGCCCUGCCCAGCACUGGGAGCUUGAGGGCAGCAGGAGGCCAAGAAGGGUCAGGCACUGGUGGGCUGCAGCCUGGCGUGCCAGCCCUGACUCUGCAGUGCUGAGGAUGGUGCUGAAAUGCACAGAGACACUGAUCCUCUGCUGUAGCACCCUGUAGGGUGCCCACACAUGCCCCCCCGCCUUCAGAGCAGCCUUUCAGUACUGUGUCAGGCCAAGCGGGUUGUUCCUGUGCAGCAGCAGGACCCAGGACAGUUGGAGCAAGGGAAGGACAAACAGCUCUGAGGUCAAACAAAUGCAGUGUUUGUCCAGCAACAAGUGUAUUGGACCCCAGUACUGGGGCUUGGGCCAGGUCCUGACAGGAGCCUGGAGCCUCAGGAGCUCCCUGCCAGCACGGAGCAACCUUCAAUAAACAUCUUUGAGGGAA